CCCUACUUUAUAAAGUGCAGCCCUGCACCCUGCGCAGCAGAGACAAGAUGUCCAAACCCCUGACCGACCAGGAGAAGAGGAAGCAGAUCAGCAUCAGGGGCAUUGUAGGGGUGGAGAAUGUCGCUGAGCUGAAGAAAGGAUUCAACAGGCACCUGCACUUCACCCUGGUCAAGGACAGGAAUGUCUCCACCACCAGGGACUACUACUUUGCAUUGGCCCACACUGUCAGGGACCACCUGGUGGGGAGGUGGAUCAGGACCCAGCAGUACUACUAUGAGAAGGACCCUAAGAGAACAUAUUACCUGUCUCUGGAGUUCUACAUGGGCCGCACCCUACAGAACACCAUGAUAAACCUGGGGCUGCAGAACGCUUGUGAUGAGGCCAUCUAUCAGCUCGGACUGGACAUUGAAGAACUGGAGGAGAUGGAGGAGGACGCCGGGCUCGGUAAUGGCGGUCUUGGCCGUCUUGCAGCCUGUUUCCUGGACUCCAUGGCCACCCUGGGUCUUGCCGCCUAUGGAUAUGGCAUCCGCUACGAAUACGGAAUCUUCAACCAGAAGAUCAAAGAUGGCUGGCAGGUUGAGGAAGCUGAUGACUGGCUGAGACAUGGCAAUCCUUGGGAGAAGGCCCGGCCGGAGUACAUGCUCCCUGUUCACUUCUACGGGCACGUGGAGAGCACCAGGACCGGCCCCCGGUGGGUGGACACUCAGGUGGUCCUGGCGAUGCCGUACGACACUCCGGUGCCCGGGUAUAUGAAUAACACAGUCAAUACCAUGAGGCUCUGGUCUGCAAGAGCUCCCAAUGACUUUAACCUCAAAGACUUCAAUGUUGGUGACUACGUCGAGGCCGUUUUGGACCGGAACCUGGCGGAGAACAUCUCCCGCGUCCUGUAUCCUAAUGACAACUUCUUCGAGGGGAAGGAGCUGCGUCUGAAGCAGGAAUACUUUGUGGUGGCCGCCUCUUUGCAGGACAUCAUUCGCCGUUUCAAGGCCUCCAGGUUUGGCUGCAGGGACACCGUGCGCACCGCCUUUGACACUUUUCCAGACAAGGUCGCCAUCCAGCUGAACGACACGCACCCCGCACUGGGGAUCCCGGAGCUGAUGAGAAUAUUCCUGGAUAUAGAGAAGGUUCCCUGGGACAAGGCUUGGGAGAUCACCAAGAAGACCUUCGCCUACACAAACCACACGGUGUUACCCGAAGCCCUGGAGCGCUGGCCGGUGGACCUGGUGGAGAGGUUGCUGCCGCGGCAUCUGCAGAUCAUCUAUGAGAUCAACCAGAGGCAUUUAGAUAGGAUCUCUGCCGCCUAUCCUGGAGAUGUUGACCGUCUGAGGAGGAUGUCUCUGAUCGAAGAAGAUGGGGGCAAGAGGAUUAACAUGGCUCACUUGUGUAUUGUCGGAUCGCACGCGGUGAACGGGGUGGCCAGGAUCCACUCGGAGAUCGUGAAGAACCAAGUGUUUAAAGAUUUCAGUGAUCUCGAACCUGGAAAGUUCCAGAACAAGACCAAUGGGAUCACUCCCAGGCGCUGGCUCCUCCUGUGUAAUCCGGGACUUGCAGAACUCAUAGCAGAGAAAAUCGGAGAAGACUAUGUAAAGGAUCUGAGCCAGCUGACCAAGCUGAAUAAGUUUGUGGAUGAUAACAUCUUCAUCAGGGACAUCUCCAAGGUGAAGGAGGAGAACAAAAUCAAGUUUAUCCAAUAUCUGGAGAAGGAAUACAAGAUGAAACUCAACCCGUCCUCCAUGUUUGAUGUGCACGUGAAGAGAAUCCACGAGUAUAAGAGACAACUGCUCAACUGCCUCCAUAUCAUCACCAUGUACAACCGCAUAAAGGCAAAUCCCACCAAGGAAUUUGUUCCAAGGACGGUCAUUAUUGGAGGAAAGGCUGCUCCGGGAUAUUACAUGGCAAAGCUGAUCAUAAAGAUGAUCACUGCCGUGGGGGAGAUCGUGAAUAAUGACCCCAUGAUAGGGAACAAGCUGAAGGUCAUCUACUUGGAGAACUACAGAGUAUCCCUGGCAGAGAAAGUCAUCCCAGCGACAGACCUGUCGGAGCAGAUCUCCACAGCGGGCACCGAGGCGUCUGGCACAGGUAACAUGAAGUUUAUGCUAAAUGGAGCGCUGACCAUUGGGACUAUGGAUGGCGCCAACGUGGAGAUGGCAGAGGAGGCUGGAGAGGAAAACCUGUUCAUAUUUGGAAUGAGGGUGGAGGACGUGGCUGAAAUGGAUAAGAAGGGGUACAAUGCCCAGGAAUACUAUCAUAGACUUCCAGAACUGAAGCAGGCCAUGGACCAGAUCCAGAAUGGAUUUUUCUCUCCAUCCAAUCCUGACCAGUUUAAAGAUCUGGUGGACAUGCUCUUCUACCAUGACAGGUUUAAAGUGUUUGCAGACUAUGAAUCCUAUAUCAAGUGCCAGGAAAGGGUCAGCGCUCUGUACAAGAAUCCAAAAGAAUGGACCAAAGUGGUCAUCAAGAACAUAGCGGCAUCUGGCAAAUUCUCCAGCGACCGGACCAUCAAGGAGUACGCCAAGGACAUUUGGGGUGUAGAGCCGUCUGAUCUGAAGAUUCCUCCACCCAAUGAACCGAGAGAUGCCCUAGAGGACACCAUGUUGGCCAAUGCCAAAGCCCAGGCCCAUGCCAAGGCCAAAGCCUAACUGGGAAUGGGUGGCUUGGAACGUGGAGAACCGAAGCUUUGCACUUACCUAGAGAUCACUAUAGUCCAUCAUAUCCAGUAUCCCUAGUGCCAUGGACCUGACACAAGGACUGUCUUUCGUGUUCUGGGCGCUUGCUUUGCUGUAGGGUAUUGGUUGCACCUUACGUGGGCCGGUGCGGAGCGAGAUACCAAGGGUUGGUCCUGCUCGUAUCUUCAGGAACCAGUCCUGGCAAUGUAACUAUGGC